UUGAACAUGAUGACAUCUCCAGUGUUUGCGCUCUGUCUCACAUGUUUGCUCUUGGGCAAAAUGGCUCAGACGACUGCUCUGAAAUCUGUCUAUCAAGAGAUAAGUUUUAUAUCAGUUAAAACUGGAGACAACUUGACUUUGCAGUGUUUCUCUAAAGAAAAUGUUCCUGCAAGGAUUUACUGGUAUAAACAACCUCUGGGACAGAAACCAAUGCUCAUCGCCAGUUACUACAAGUUUGAUAAAAAUAACACUUUCUAUGGUGAAUUCAAGGACGAUCCACGCUUCACACUGGAUACGGAAAAUGGUAAAAAUCACUUGGAAAUCACAGAUUUGCAAAUUUCAGACUCAGCUACUUAUAACUGCAUAAGUUGCUUUUUAUACACAUUAGACAUUUCAGAGAGCAUUAUUGUCAGUGUAAAGGGUUCAGGUUUGAAGAUCCCAGCUUCGGUCCAUCAGUCAGCAUCUGAGAGCAUCCAGCCAGGAGGCUCUGUGACUCUGAACUGUACAGUACACACUGGGACCUGUGAUGGAGAACACAGUGUUUACUGGUUCAAAACCUCUGAAGAAUCUCAUCCAGGACUCAUUUACACCCAUGGAGGCAGUAAUGAUCAGUGUGAGAGGGAACCCGACACAAAAGCACACACCUGUGUCUACAACUUGCCAAUGCAGAGCCUGGAUCUUUCUCAUGUUGGGACCUACUACUGUGCUGUUGUCUCAUGUGGACACAUACUGUUUGGAGACGGGACCAAGUUGGACUUUGAAGAAAAGGUGGACUCUUCUGUCUUGGUGUAUUUCUUGAGUGGAGCUUUGGCAUUCACCACCAUCCUGGUUGUUUUACUGACUGUCUCAAUGUACAAGAUGAACAAGAGAAGCAGCUGCCAAUCUAAAGAUUCUCAAGCAAGAUUACCAUCUUCCUUCACAGCAAAUGCAGAGGAUCACCAAGAUACAAACAACCUCCAUUAUGCUGCUUUAAGUGUCAACCUGCCCAACCGAUCAAGAAGACAGAGGAACAGCACCAAUAAUGAAUGUGUGUACUCCAGUGUGAAGCAGUAGAAUAGUGGAUUGUAUGAGUAAGGAGUCAGUUUCUUAGAAUCUCUUGGGAGGUGUGAUGUAGAUUUAGACGUAGCUCUAGAGGUAAACGAUAAAAUCUUACCACAAGGAAGCUACCAACACACGUUUACCAGCUUCCUUGUGGUAAGAUUUUAUAACGUGCAUAUUCUGUUUGUCUUGGUGAGUCUUGGUGAUUUCUACUGUUACUUUGUUCUCUCACAAAACAUUUUUUAAAUCUUAACAUAAUAUUUUUGUAAACAUACAUUUGUAAGGAUUUUCUUGUUUUGUUUGUACAAGCUCUCUUGGGCCUCUUGUGAGGACCUCAACACAAAUAAGAGGUAUUAUUUGUCUUGGUUUUUAAACUAUGUAUGUGUAUUAUUCAUUUCCAUAUACAUUAAUGAUCAAAUAAAUCUAUUUUUGGAUCAUUUUGAC